AUGGUCAAAGAGAAUCAGGAGCUCAAAGUAAAGCUUGAUGAAGCUCUGGAAAAACAUAAAGAGAUCCUCCAAGAGAAAGAACAGCAGGACAUCGAGCAGAGAGACAUGCAGUGCAAACUCCAAGAAACUAUUCCGGUGUAUUUUACCAAGCCUGGAGACGUGAACAGAGCAUACGAGCUCGAGCACUGCACUACAGGGUGCCUGUCUGUUGGACCAAGAUUGGCUUUCUGUUCCCAACAAGGAAGAUCACAGUUAGAUGUUAGUUCUUACAGCUACACUCACACUCUGCCUAACCCUGACAUAACAAAGGACUGGAACCGUGUGUUAUCCUCCUUAUCAACAUUCCACCUAUGUGUGAAAGCAAAUGAGCUUAAUUCCUCAGUCCAAUCACCUCUAAUCAAGCAGGAAGAGGAUAGAAAGACCUCAGUUAACUCAGCAAAGAGUCCUUCUUCUGUCGCUAAUUUACAUCUCAAGGUUCCUCUUGCUCUUGUGACUUCCAGCUCUCAGAGUGUCUCUCUGAGAGAUCUCAGUCUACAUACAACCUUGAGAGCCAGUCAGCUGCUUAUUGGAGGCAAUGAAAAUGUUUAUUUGACACUAGAGUUUCUAUCUGACAAUGGUACCUACACCUGCCUCACUAUAAGUGCCCCAAGUGACCUCCUGCCAACAAGUGUUCGUCCUCCGGAGUGCCCUGAGUCAGAGAAAAAUAUUUCAUCCUUCUAUGUGGAGGCAAGUAACCAGCUGCCUACAGCAUCACUAACCUGCUACAGUCUGAACUUCAAGGAUGAUCCCACUCUUACAGUCAUGUUAACACAGGAGGAACAGAGUGUGGCAGUGCAUCAUCUGUUGGAAGUCAGUGUGUGUCUCCUUGGAGUUUGUUUGAUGCUCUGUAUAGCUGCUUGUCAACCACAUGCACUAAAACGCCGCAACCAAUGGAAUGGACUGAACCAACAAAGUGAACCCUUAAUAGACAGCUGAGUGAUUAAAUCUGUUGAUGGUUGGAAAGAGAGGGCUACGCCUUACUACAUCCUACAGAAGAAGCUGGUUUGUUGUUGGAGUACUACUAACUGUGAAAAUAUUUGUAUAAUGCUGCUUUGGAGAAAGCUCUCCUAAAUUCAUACUUAGGACUAAAGUCAGGGUACAGCAACCUCUCUUGGAACAGUUUGAACCAAUUUAUCUGUCUCUCAUAACUUUUGCAACAUUACGAAUGUGCAAUAUGUAAAAUCAUUUUGAGAAACAUGACCAUGGUAGAAAAUGAGUUAUAAUUUAUUAUUUAUGAUGUGUUUUUCAAAAUAAAAGACAAAAAUAAAUGUUAUAAUAAGGCGGCGAUGAAGACAUUGCUCAAGGCUGAAGAAAAUGGAUGAAAUGUCGGUUAAAAUUGCUAUUAUAUUUGCCUUAUAUUUGUUUAAUAACAAAGUAUUAACAGAUCAUUGGGCACUGUAAAGAGUGCGUGUGUAGAAAUUAGCAGUGCUAUGAACUGUUUUUCCUACAGGAUUUUACGCUUCUCAGCAACAAAUGACUGCAGUCAUGCUGUUUCAGACAUGUUUCUUUGCUGUAGAAGGAAUAGCUUUACUUGGGCUGUUUUGUUGACUAAUGUGAUUCAUUUGUCAGUAUCACAGGUAUUACAGUAAGCACUGUAUUGUACUGUAACUGUAAUGUCAAUAAAAGCUAAAGCCAGGCUAAGGGGAAUGUGAAGGUGAGUGACAUCAGUUUUUAGUGACAUUUAAAACUUCAAAUACAUUUUGCUUGUGCACUUAUUUUGAAGCAUCAUUUAAAUAUCUUUCUAUCCACCGGAA